UCAUCGUCAGAGCUUUGUCAACAACGGGGACAGUGGCAAAAACAUCGGCCUGCCCGACAGAAACUCGCUAUUUUUUGCAAGUGGAUUUCAUAUGCAAAGACCAAUGAAGUGACCGACAGGAUACAAUGUCAUCGUUCCAGGUGGUGGACUCGCCGCCGGGCAGCAGCGUCAGCAUCAUGGAAACGUCCAACUUUGCCCACGUCAUCUUCCAGAACGUGGGGAAGAGUUUCCUGCCCCAGGUGCCCCUGGAGUGUUGCUACACCCUGACCCCUUACAUCCCACCCCACCCAAAAGACUGGGUGGGCAUCUUCAAGGUGGGUUGGAGCACAGCGAGAGAUUACUACACCUUCCUUUGGUCUCCAAUGCCCGAGAACUACGAACCAGGAAGUACAGUGCACAGUACUUUGGUGUUUCAAGGUUAUUAUGUUCCUAAAUCUGACGGAGAGUUCUACCAGUUUUGUUACGUCACACACGUUGGCGACAUUAGAGGAGCGAGUACGCCUUUCCAGUUCAGGUCAGCCACACCUACAGAAGAGCUUCUGACUGUUACCGAGGACGACAGCAACUCAGACAUACUGGUCGUCACCACCAAGACUGGCCUUCUAGAGCAUGUGGAGGACGUGCAGCAGGAGCGCAGGGAGCUGCUGAUGACCAUGCGUCUCCUGCAGGAGGAGAAGCAGCAGCUGCAGGAGGAGCAGAGGAGACUGUCCAGGGAGAGGGAGCAGGAGAGGGACACAUGCUGCCUGCUGCGGACACACAACCAGGAGCUGCUGCGCUCAUCGCAGGGCCUGUCAGAGGAGAGGGAGGAGGUGAGGAGGAGGCUGUCAGAGGCCACAGAGCGGGUCCGGCAGCUGGAGGAGGAUCUGCUGGGAGUCACCCAGAGAAGCCUGCAGAAGGAGACCGAACUCGAUUGUCUGCGUGACCGCCUGAAGAAGCUGACAGCAGAGAAAGACAGCCUUGAGAGCCAUCUGAAGAAUGAGAAGGAUGAGAGAGACCUCUACAAGGCUCACCUGCGCAGCACCGAGCUGGAGAACACCAAGCUGAGCGCGGAGCUGCAGAUGCUGAAGGCGGUGGAGCUGAACCGGGAGGUGACCAUCGCUCAGUUCCAGGAGGAGCUGGACCGGCUCCGGCUCUGCGUCGCUCAGCGGGACAGCCUGGAGAAAGAGCUGCUGGCUCACAAGACUGACAAGGUAGCUGUGGUUGAUGUUGGGAGCAGUGGGGAAAUGACGCCCAGCAUGAUGGUGGUGUCAGAGGCAGAGGCCGAGCUGCAGAGAGAGGUGGAGGAGCUGAAGCUGCGUCUGCACAUGGCGGCUGAGCACUACAAGGAGAAGUACCGGGAGUGUCAGCGCCUGCGCAGGCAGGUGGCUAAACUAAACAUGACCGAGUCACAGGGGGAGCCAAAGAGGAAUGUGUCCACAGAGACGACACCGGAGCCGCUGACCCCGAGUCCAGAGUCCCCGACAGCAGGGAAUAUAGCUAUGGCAGUCCUACAAGAAGCCGCUGAGAUGACAAUCACUCCAGGACUUAAUAACAGGGAAUCCACGCAUGCUGCAUACAUCAGCAAAGAGAGGGAAGACAGGCAGAGAGAGAAAAUGCCAAAUGAAAGGCCUAAGGCGGAGGCUGAGGGAGAAGAAAUCCAAGUGAAGGACGGGGAGAAAGAGGACAGACGGAAAGAAAAAGAGGAGAAGAAGGACAGCCUGCCAGAGAGUCUGAGGAUGACGAGCUGGGUGGAGGUGGAGAACGAGAGGCAGAGCGGCGAGGAGAAUAGCGAGGCAGAGAUGACAGGGAAGGCCGAGGAAGUGAGGGAUGUCGUGGAGCACCAGGUGCUGCUGGAGGUGGAGGGGAGGAGCAUGGGGGAGGCGGAGAAGGCACAAACCUGCUCAGUGGAGGAGGAGCUGGCGAUGAUGGAGGAGAAGUGGAGGCUGCAGUGUGCGAUCAAUGAGACGCUCAAACAGCGGCUGGCCAAUGAGGAGGAGCGAUUCAGAGUGCACAUGGCGGAGCGAGCCAGCGAAGUGACGGAGCUGAAACGCAACCUCGCCCAGGCCCUCAAAGACAAGGAACAACUAAAGGAGGAGCUGCAGCAGUUUGUGUCCAGGCAGAGGGAGCAGGAGGCGGGUGUUCAGGCUUCAGAGCCCAUGGUGCUGCGCUACCCCCUGCCGUACCCUCAGGACCCCUCUCCUCCACCCCUGGUUCCUCACAGGCCGGCUGAGCUGCAGUACGGCAACCCCUACUCCACUGACACCACUAAAGACCUGGUGGAUGUUGCGCUGUCUCCUGAGCACAUGUCCCGUCCUCCACCUGAGGCCCCACCCUGCGCCCCUCCCUGUGCACCCCCAAUCACACCCCCGAGCCAAGGCCUCGGGGCCCCAGGCUGGGACCGAGAGGUGGUCUGCAUCCAGCCCUCCCGUAGCACGAGCCCCCCCGAGAGCCUGGAUAGUAGUCCGGAGGAGCCGCAAAAUGCUGCUGCUGAUGGGGCUCAGCCGUCCUGUGAUCAUCAGUCCGGUAGACGUAGAGAAGCCAGGGGCAGCUUCUGCUUUGACUCCAGUAGUGUUCACAAGCGCUGCCCGCUGUGCGAGGUGAUCUUCCCCCCCCACUUCGAGCAGCGCAGCUUCGAGCAGCACGUGGAGAGCCACUGGAAGGUCUGCCCCGUCUGCUCUGAGCAGUUCCCCCUCAACUGUGAGCAGCAGCUCUUCGAGAGGCACGUUCUCACGCACUUUGACGGCCACGUGCUCAACUUCGACCAGAUCGAAUGAAAGUCAUAAAGGGCACAUUUUGAAUCUGACAUACCGUGUGGGUAAAUGUGUCGUCAGCUUUUAGUUCAUUUCGAUUGGGUUAAGUUGUCUUGUUAUUAUACAAUCAUUAGCACUUUUUUGCAAUCUUGACAAAGGUUAGAAAGAAUGUAGUCCACUUCUGAGAGGAAGCAGAGUUUGUCCCGUGGCUACCGAGGUGUUUUAUUAAGUAGGGUAGCUUAAUACAUCAUGGGUAAAAGGACCACUCGGGGAAAGUGCCAUGGUCUUUUACUUUUGUAUCAUUUUUAACGCUUGUCUUUCUGCUUUGAGAAUCUAAAGCACCAUCAGUAGUGCAUGCAAUUAUUAUGUGUUCAAAAGGACAAAAUGAAAGCAGUUCAAGCUGAAAGAGUGAAUAGUAGCAGGAGCUUGAACCAGAAGAGAAAGUAUUUAAGUAUGUCCCUGUUAUUUAACUAGCCUGGGUAUUAUUAUCUCAUGUGAUGAAGCAGCCAAGAUUUAUAUUGUCUACAUGUUUCAAAGCUGAGGAAGGCAGAAAGGAAUUAUUUUGUGUAAAUGCAGAGUGAGAUCUGAAUAUGUGAUGUCUUAAAGAAUCAUCAGAGUGUGUAUAUUUAUUUGAAGAGAGGUGAGGUGGAGAUUUUGUUGACUUGAAUGGGAAGAGAUCUUGGCUUUCUCCCAAAAAUACAGUACUACUGUACGUGUAACAGACAUCAGAAGGUUCAAACAAAAACAGCACUACGUUUCCAUGUAUCUGCACUAAAUAAGGCUUUAUUCUGAAUGUACUGUACAUAUGAAAAUAAGUAUAAGUUGUGGAGAGACCUGUGACUUACUGUCGUGACUCCGCCUCCCCUCAUUGUUACUUCUUCAUGUUUUAGUGUUGAAAGAAUGGCGGACUGUUUUUACUUUGGUCAGGUGGUAAGAAACUGGGCUGGUCUCUUUGUGUUAUUGGAGAUCCUGUCAUGUUUUAGGCAUAUACACUGCAGGACACGUGACAAAAACUUUUAUUGUUAUGUACUUCCGCGUUUUCAAGUUUGAACUGUGAUGAAAAAAAGUCAUUGCUUUGUGUGCAGGUCCAGAUCAUGAGUGAGUGUCAUUUCUAUGUGUGUCUCCACAGGGCUCCACAUCACAGCUUGUCUAUUUUCUGUCAUGUCAAAGUGACCCCUGACAGUGUUGUAUUCAGGCUUUAAAAAUUGCACAAGCCCAGUAAUCACAAGGCAAAUGUGUGUGUAUGUCAUGUGUCCGACGCAGCCCUUUUCAUGUGAGAAUGUCAGGACGGUGGUUUAAGUCUGUACUGCAAAGAUCUUUACGAAUAAAGUAAGCUUGUCUAAAUGCA